CUGCAUGUGCUGCUUCUCCAGAACAAUGUCAUCGAGGCCCUUCCAGAUGAAUUGUUUUCGUGCCUGCCAAAUCUCAUCGAGCUCAAUGUUUCCAACAAUCGGCUGCAAUCCCUCUCCCCAAGGAUCGGCGCACUGACUUUCCUACGCGAGCUUCGGAUAGCCAACAACACGCUUCGUCAAGUGCCCCCAUCGAUCGCCCUUCUUGAUCGAUUGCACACCUUGGAUCUGUCGAAAAAUCAGCUCGAGUUUGUUCCAUAUGAAAUGACACGCCUUCCCAGACUCUCCAAAUUCUGGGUGCAGGGCAAUCGCUUC